AUGGCGACCCAAGCAGCAGAAUACCCGGUGUCGGACAGCGGCAGAAUGAGUCUCGAAAGCGCAAGGAAGGCUCGCUGCUCAGCUUUCGCGAAAGAGCGUGAUUUGUUGGGAAUUGCUGAAGGCGAGGGAGCUAUCAAGGACGAACAACGAGAUGAUAACUUGCAAGACGCGUCAAGCGCAACAAACCGGCCGAAAGCCCAACAACCACGUCCGAGCCUCCGUUCCCAGACACGACACCGAUCCAAGCCACUCGAGCCGUACGUUUCCCGUCCACUCGAAGUGGAGUCAAUCAUCCAGCGAAACGAAUAUCGACGGGCGCGAGUCGAAUUGGGCCUUUAUCUGCUCUUAGACCAACCCCCAGGAGAAGAGAAUUCGCUCGUCUUUCCCCCCUCGGCCACUUGCUACGAUGCCGAGGAGAGUCACUGGCCGGACUCCUUCUCUCAUCUCUCAGACCGUUCCGUCCCCUGCAACUCCUCUCUGUCGUCUUACUUUACUAAUUCUCGUCCUCCCUCGAUCCUUCAACCAGUCAAAGAGUGGUGGUGCUCACGUUGGAGCAAGAAGUAG